AUGGAUGGAGAACGUGCGAAAAAAUCAGAUCCCAAAGCCCAGACUCCAGAUAUUGGAGGCACGACAGGGGCUCAGAGUAGCCAAGAAGGAAGUAAGAAGACAAUGAAAUUAAAAGAAGUCACCGUGGCAGAUUCUGAGGAGUUCCUGAGCUCAGGAGGCAAGAAGUAUCCGGAAGGGAAAACAGAAAGCUCUGAGUUGGAAAAAGACAUGAUAAAAAUGAAAGUCUACAUAAGACAACGUGAUACUGGAAGACUGAAAGAACAGGAAGCCCCAGUCGAGGAGAGUGACGCUGGCAUAAGACAACCAGAAGAUCAAAAUGAGGGGACUGGUGCCAAAAUGCCAAAAGAGGAGUCCCAAGAAAAGAAGAGAAUCACCAGUAUUCCAAAAAGACAAGAGUCUCAGAUCAAGAAGAGCAAUACUGACAUCCCAAAAGAAGAGAAAUCCCAAACAAAGAGGAGUGAUAUUGGAUUAGCAAAAGGACAAGACUCUCAAGUAAAGAAGAAUGAUUCUGAAUUACUCAAAGGAGAGAUAAUGAAGAGUGAUAUAGCAGUAGUGAAAGAACAGAAAUCCCAAACAAAGAGUGAUACCAGAGUAGCACAAGGAGAGAGGGCCCAAACAAAACAACAAGAAUCUCAAGUAAAGGAGAAUGAUUCUGAACUACUCAAAAGACAGCUAAAGAAGCGUGAUAUUGGAGCAGAGAAAGAGCAGAAAUCCCAAACAAAGAGCCAUACCGGAGCAGAACAAGGAGAGAGAGCCCAAACAAUGAAGAGUGAUACUGGAUUAACAAAAGGACAAGAAUCUCAAGUAAAGGCGAGUGAUACUGAAAUACUCAAAGGAGAGAUACAGAAGAGUGAUAUUGGAGCAAAGAAAGAGCAGAAAUCCCAAACAAAGAUCCUUACCGGAAUAGCACAAGGAGAGAGGGCCCAAACAACGGAGAGUGAUCCCAAAGUAGCAAAAGGACAAGAACCUCAAGUGAAGGAGAAUGAAACUGGGAUGCCCAAGAAGCCAGAAGCCGAAGCAAAGCAGAGUGACAUCAGGGUACUGAAAGGACAAGCAACCGGAGUCAGAAAAGAGGAUGCUGAUGCCGGAACGCCAAAGAAAGCAGACGCUCAAGCAAAGAAGAGCGGUGCACCAGUACUGAAAGAACAGGAAGACCAAGCACAAAAAGGUCACGGAGAUGAAGACGGGGAAAAGAAAGGAGAUGCAAAGAGAAAAGGAAAAGCUGUCCAAACGAAAACAGGUGACGGCCGAAAAGAUGUUAAAGGAAAGACGGAAGCAGUAGGGAAGGGGAAAAAAGGAGAGCAAAGGGCAAAGGCAAGUAAAGGCAGGAAGCCCAAUGAAAAGAUAGAAGAGAACAGAUAA